CAUCCGUUCCCACACGCUGUGAGGACGAAAUUAGGGCAUUUGAAUAUUUAAGCGGCACCCCGAGCAUUUAGGUCGGAUCAGCCGACGCCCUACAAGCUCUGCAUAAAGGAUAAAGCAGACACGGUACAGUCUGCGGGGAUGAUGGCGUUUCCCUGAGCACAGCGGAGAGGAGGGGGAGAGGAGGAUAGACGUCAGCAUCUGUCCGCCAGCUCCCUUUGUGUUCAACAGAGAAUGUGAAUGGCGAAAGAUGACAUGGCAGAGGUAGAUGUAGCAUCAAACGGAGCGGAACCCCCCCUGCUACCUCCGUCCGCGUUCCCCUACGAGGAGUACGAAUGCAAAAUCUGCUACAAUUAUUUCGACCUUGACCGACGGGCGCCGAAGAUUUUGGAGUGCCUGCACACGUUCUGCGAGGAGUGCCUCAACACUCUCCAUCUCCGGGAGGAGCGGCCAUGGCGCAUCAGCUGCCCCGUGUGUCGCCAUCGGACGCCGGUGCCGGACUACCGGAUACAGAACCUGCCCAACAACACCAAGGUGACGGAGGAUUUCCCGCUCUAUAUCGACUCCGACCCCCUGCCCCAGGAUGCUUUGCCGCCGUACCCUCCCCCGCUUCAUCCGGCUCUCGUGGCUCUCCGCCGGGAGGAGGCAUCGGGGGCGUCCAGCGGCAGUCAAAGCCAAGCGACCCCGUCCACCACCGUGUCCACGGCCACCACCAUCUCCCAAGACUCGGUCCGCUAUGACAGCUGUCAGAGCUGCAAAAGAGUGGCUUUAACCACCGGCUGCGUGUGUGUGAUCUUCUCCUUCCUCUCCAUGCUGGUGUUGCUCUUCAUGGGCCUGAUCUUUGUGCACAGUCACGGCAUGCCUCCCUCCCCGUGGGGACCUAUUUGCUUGUCGGUGGCCAGCAUUUUGGCCAUGUUCUCGGUGGUGGUCACGUGGCUCAUCUGCUGGCUUAAAUACAGACCGGACCACGAGACGGGCCGCUCAUCUACCACCGGUAACUCUCGGAGGAACGCCUGAGCUUGUUUGUACUCUUCAAGCGAGUUUGAGUGGAUGUGUUUUGAUGUACUGGCAAUUGUCCCUUCCCCUUUUACCUUUUGUUGGGUUCAAAAUCACCCUAAAUGGCCUUCUAUCGGUAUAGGAAACACCCAAAGGCCUUUGUGUUAUUAGAACAAUACAGGCCACCCUGAUUCGAAAUCGUCUUUUCAUCCAAACGAUGAUAUGGCUGAGUGACUUGAUGAAUUCGGAGCACUACUGAUGGCUGAAAUUGAUUUGAAGCGCUUCUUUCCAGUCCAACAUCCCUAACUUGUUACAUAAUCGCGAUUUUCGUGCUCCAUACUGUAUGAUAACUGACAACUGCAAACAAGUGAGAUAAUGGUUGGAUGUUAUGCGCACUUUUCUUUAUGCACACUUUUCACUUAGUGAUGGUCCCUGCAGGGUGGCACUGUUUCAACAUUUUUUUUUCUUCAAUGAAAAGAGCACAUUCGGGAUUUCCUGGUUGCUGACGUUUAAAGGGAAAGACAACACCUUGUUUAAUACAUUUAAAAACACAGAGUUGCUGAUGUGUAAUAGAGGAUAAAAGCUUAAAUAAAAUCCUGUAUUUCCAGGAAGAGACCACUCUACAUGAUGACCAAUCAAAUAUAGUGAAAGUAUCCCAAAUUGCUUGCCAUACCUCAUUACGUCAUUAAUACCCAUGAUUACAAGCACUUUGCUCAAUUUUAUCUUGUUUUGUACCCACACAGUAUCACUAAAUGGCUGUGCCCAUAAGGUGUGUAAUUAAAAAAAAAAAAAAAAAUCAUUUUUCCUAUCAGCAGCUGAUGGCAUUUAUACUAGGUGUUAUCUUCCCCUUUAUUUAACGGGAUACGCUAAGCGAUAGUUUUUGAUUCAUCGCUCUGUCAAUACAGUACAGUAUGUGCAUUGUGCACGGUAGACUAUUGAAAGAUGAAGACCAUACAGUAUUUUGUGAUUUUGCUUUUUCUAAUGACAGGGAUGUGCGUCUCUGACCCUUGUGCCUCACCUUGUUGCUAAAAGGAGCAACCUUUACUGCAAUCAUCAACAAGUUGUGUACUCCCAUGACACGGGCUGUUAGUAGUAUUUAUAUUGCAGCAUUUCUACAUAACAGUUUGCAACAUUGUGUGGCUUCGCACCCUAUUUAUUUUUUGUUCUUAGUCAACUUAGUUUCACACUUUUUAAAAGUUCAGUAGUCAAAACAUUACUGAGAAGCUUGCACAGAUUAAUAUUUUCUGGAAAUCUUUCAUGGGUUCUCUAGAAAUCUGUAUUUGAAAUUGCUAAUACAAUCAGGUUUAUGUUGUCAGGCACUCAAUAUCUGUUCUACUUCAUUGCACUUGGCAGAUGGAAUACAUAAGCACGUGUGUGUGUUUCCCUGUUUGAACCCACUGUCAGCACUGUUUGCUGAUUGAAUUUCAAUAUUAUCAUUUGGACACAAAGUGUUUUACAAGCCCUAAACCUAUGAAAUUCCCAUGAAACACAGAUGACAUUAAAAGUGUAAAUUCUCAAACUCUGCAACUUCACAUUGAUUUCAAUUGUCCUACUGCUUAACCUUCUCCCAACUCUUCCUCGUGAAGCACCUUCCCCCUUUUUUCAACAAGUUAUGGGGUACAUUUUCAAAUGUGAACAUAUUGUAUUUAUUUUCAAGGACCUAACGUAUUGUUGGCUUUUAAGAGAGUAUGUGGUUGCUGUUCAAGUUGAAUACCACAUUUUUUGCACAGUGAAAUGUUCUUUAUGUUCUGUUUUGCAAACAUAAAUACAUUUCAAUAAUAAAGCAAAAAUAAAUUUAGACAA